CCAGGAAGAAAAAUACAUUGGAAAAAAAACCGGAAACAAUCUUCCGGAAAUUGCGCAUGUCAUCUGCUCUGGAAUUACGCGCGAAAUGGAAAAAGUGUAAACAACGAAAACUUAGAAAACAGACUAGUUAUUCAAAUGGAACAAAGUAUUCACACGGAAUCAGAUAACAUUCAUGCAGAUGAAUUGAAGCUGGAAGACAAAAGUGAUAAAGCUGAUUCAGGAAUGGAUGAGGAUAGUCAGCCAUUUAAUGAACAAGGUAAUGAUGAUGACGAUGAAGAGGAAAUCGUGACAAGGAAACCAAAAAAUAAGAAAGCUAUAUUUGAUGAUGACGAUGAUGAUGAAGACAGUAAACAGUCAAACACAGAGGAGGGACUUGAACAUACAGAAGUGGUACCAACAACUACUUUGAAGGUAGGUGAACAGAAAUUGUUCAUCAUCAAUUUUUGGUUGUUCAUAAAUGCUACAGCAGAUGCUGUAAUGAAUGAUGAAUCAGGUUCAGAACAUACUGAUGAUUCCACUAGUGAUGAAGAUGAUCAUGAACCUUUGUUGUCAACCAUAAAGAAAAGGAAAAAGAUUGUAAAGACAAGUAUAGAUUCAGAUAGUGAAGAAGAUGCAGAUAAAAAAGAAACUGGUGACAGUCCUGCAGUUAUGAAGACAAAAUCUAUAUUUGGUAAUAGUGAUCUGUUUGAUGCAGAGGAAGAUAGCAACAGUGCAGCUAGGAACAGUGGUGAAGACACAGCCUCUGACAGUAAUAAUGAAGGAGGGGAUGAUGAAGGUUUUGAUGAAACAGCAAUGGACCCCAAAUUAUUAAAGAAGCUUAAAAUGGGAGCUUCCAAAAAGGCAACAAUGUCAAAGAAAAAGGUUGAGCAGGAAGACAAGUUAAAACUACACAGUGAAACUCAAAGACUUAUCAGAGAAUCCAGAGUAAAUAUACCUUACCAUCAACCUGAACCUAAGCGUUUACAAGACUUUCUAGCAAGAGCUUCUAAUAAGCAACAACAAUAUAAGAAUUUACGAGGGACCAGGGACUCAUUGAAGGCCAAAGCAGUUGAAGAAAUAUUGAAUAAGGCUAAACUUUCAUCCAAAAAAGAGGAUAUAACUGUUCAUAAAGAUGAUAAUGUGAUUUUGUUGGAUAAACCAGUAGAUAGUAAUGUGAAAGUUGCUGAUUCUUUAGACAGACUUGAUGAUAAAAAUGAAAAGCCUGAUGGAGAGGAAAAACUGUCUCAAAAUCUAACAGGAAGUGCAGAAUCAACGACCAAUCAAAAAGAUGAUGAUUGUGACAGUCUACCAGAUAUUACUGAUCAUGUGAUUAGUGAUAAAAUGGAUGUGGACAAUUCAGUAGAACAGAGUGAAAGUGCUAUAACUUGUACAACUACUAUAAAUAACACAGAUUGUAAUAGAAAUGAAAGUGAAAGUAAACCGUCCAGUGAUUCUGUGUGUCAGGAAAAUACUGAAUGUGAUAAAAUGGAAAGUGAAAAUAAAGAGAAUGUAUGCUCAGACACUGUAGAUGAUAACACUAAAAAGUCCCCCACAAAACCUUUGAAUAAGAAAUUAGCAAUAUUAGCAGAACUGCCCUCUCUUCCUAAACUAAGUUUAGGUCCAGAAGACAUUUUUGAUUUAGAAGUGAAUAAUGUACAACCUAAAAAUCCUGGUGUUAACAAACUGAUGGACAGAUUUUUGGCACAUGGAAAGAAAAAACACAAGCAUGUACAAAAAGAUGUGGAACUAAGUGUCAUACAUAAAGAGAAAACAGAAGCUAACAAAGAAGUAUUAAAACUGGACAAAUUUGUCUAUCAUGUUGAAGAGAAAGAGGAUUCCAUGAGUCAGUUUGAUGCUCCAGGAGCAAAACUAGUAGCAUUGAAAGAGAAAUUACAGCAAAAAAUGAAGGUAAAGAGAGAAGAACAUAGAAAACAAAGACAGGAGAUAUUUGACCUUGACAAUGAGGAAGGUUAUGCAGAUGAUGGAGAAGACAAAGUGUUGGACGAUGACGAGGAAAUGACUGAUCAGUCUGAUACAGAUGUAGAGGAUGAUCAGUUCGAUGAGCAAUUUGGAGAGGAGGAAGAAUAUGAGGGAGAGGAAGAGGACAAAAAAGAGGAAAACCCCUUCUGUGAUGAUGAGGCUGAGGUAGAUGAUGGUGAUGAUGAGUCUGCAUUCAGACUACAUAUGUCUGACAGUGAUGACGAUGGCAAUGAGGGAGAUGAAGAGAAUGAAGAUGAAAAUGGAAAAGAUGAAAAUAGUGAUGAUGACGAUGAUAUAAUAAAAUCAAAGAAGCCAUCUUCUCUGAAAAAGAAACCAAGAGUUCUACAUAUUAGUGAUGAUGAAGAAAGCAAACAGUCGGCAGCAACUAAUGUUGAGGACAGUCAUCAGUCGGCAGCAACUAAUGUUGAGGACAGUCAUCAGUCGGCAGAUAUUAACAGUGAUCAUAAUAAAGAAAGUAACAAAGAACAAAAAUGUAAUGAAUCUAUGGAAGAGGAACCGUUUACCCCAUUUUCCAAACAUUUAUCAGGAUUGGACAAUACCCAGCAGCCAUUAAAGAAAAGUCUAUCAUUGCCAAUAGAAGAAUCUCAGGAUCUAUAUGGAAAGAACAGUGCUACCCAGGGAAAUAACUUUUACAUAGAGGAAUCACAAAUGCUGGAUGCUGAUGGAUUUUUGAAAUUUGGAUCUGACAAAAAACCACAGCAAUCAAGAUCAGAUUCACCAAACUUUAAAAACUUAAUACAGAGCCAAGAAGAUACUGGGGACAUGGAUGAAUUGCUGGGUCUAUGUUCUGGACGAUUUGGAGAUGACGAUAAAAGAACACCAUCAUGCAAGAAUUUGUUUGGAAUGAACUCACAGGCAGCCCCUGACAGUACACAGGGAAACAUGGAUGAAUUAUUGGGAUUAUGUUCUGGGAAAUUUGCCUCAAAUACACAAGCCACACAGAAGAGAUCUAGGAUCAAACGUAAAGCCGACUUUGACGAGGACAGCAAUUCAUCACUACAUAUGGUUAGUGAUACUGAAGAGGAGUUUAAUGAGACAGAAAAGAAAACCUUCAGCGACGAUGAACCUGAUAAUGAAGACAACGAUACUAAUUCAGUUCAUUCAGAGGAAAAUGUUCGUCCAUUUCAAGGAUUGGUUUCUGGAAAGACAGGAAAAAUCAGGAAAGAGUUUGUGGAUGAGGAAGCAGAAUUGUCAGGUAGUGAAUAUGACAGUGAUGAGAACAUAGAUCUAGCAGAAGAAGAUGAUAUAAUGGAGGCAGAAUUAGGAGAUGCUGAUGUCACAGCCACAGAAGAUGAACUUAGAGACCAAGUGGGUCGAGCUCAUUUGAAACAAUUGAUAGAUGAUGAUAAACGAGAAUUAAUGAGAUUCCAGGAAAUGUACCUCCCUGAUGGAGAUUUACACUCAGAUGCUGGCAGGCAAAGGAGGUUUAAGUGGAGUGGAAUUGAUGAUGACACACAGCAGGAUAUGUUUUAUGAUCAGUCUGAUGAGGAGAAAGAAGAUGAAGAAGGAGAGGAGGCCAAAUGGAGGAAAGAUAGAUUUGAGAGAGAAAAAUGGCUACAGGAACAGCAGAUGGAGAAUGAAAAAGGUGAAGAUGAAGAUAGUCAGUUCUUAAAAUUAGGAAAAGUGUUUCUAAAGAGAAGAGAUUCUGAUUCUACAUUGUUAAAGAAACCAGAACCUGUUCCUGCUAAAACAGGGAAACAGUCCACAGUAUUACCAGUCCCAAAAUUAUCAUCUACUCAAAGAAGAGGAUCAUUUUUAUGUAGAGAUAAAGAUACUCUAGCAAAGAUUACUAACAUGGCAAAACCAACAGUGAAUCCCUCAGGUGCUAGGAGUUCUGGGAAAUUUACCUUCCAAGUAAUCUCCCCUGAUAAAGAUUCUCAGGCAAUGCCAGCUCCUGAUAAACCUAAAGUCAAGCGAUCAACAAGCAUGCAACCAGCUGCAAAGAAACCAAAAUUAGAUAGAAGUGCUUCAUUUUCACAGAGUAGUGUAUUUAAUCAUUUGUAAUGAUCUUUUUCCAAAUUCAAAGAUCUCUGUAUGUGGCUUCAAGCCUUGGAAUUCAUUAUAAGCAGUUUGACUUUUUGGGCAUUCAUGACUUUUAAAACAAUAUUUGUUUCAUCAAUGACACUUUCAUUUCAGUUUGAGGAAUGUUUAAGUAGAAAUACUCUACUAAAACUUAUGCAACUACUCCAAAUAGAGUUUGGAUGUACAGAUUUAAUGUUAUCCUAAAACCUGAAACUGUAAACUGUUGUCAGUAAUUUAUUUAGAAUCGCAUCAUACAAAUAUUUAAGAACUUAACUUCAGAAGAAACCUCUAUUGAUAAAGAAGUUAUUUUGCCUUAAAAAAUGGCUAAAUCUCUUUAUAUUUGUGAUUUCAUUUUGAUGUUUUAAUUUAUUGCUAUCAUAAUAUAAGGACAAUUUACAUUGGAGAAUUUCAAUGUAUCCGUAAGUGAAUUAAUGUUAAUAUUUUAUUUGUACACAGUGCAGAAUCACAAUUCACAGAAAAAAAGUUGUGAGUUAAAAUUUUCUUUGUUUCUUUUAGUGUCAUGUAUUUAUUUUUAUGAGUCUGGAAAAAGACUGUCAAAGUAUCUUUGUAUUAUAUUUGUACUUAUUUGAGGUGAAUAAUGUACCAAAAUAUCAUGUAACAUUUUAUAUUGUAAAAAUAUGCCAUGUAUAAUUUAUGUAAAUAUAUAUAUUUAUAUCAGGAGUAUGAAAAUUUUAAAAAUACAGUGAAUUAAAGUGCUUUACUUAGUU